AUGGGCAACUGCCAGGCGGCCGAGGCGGCGGAGGUCAUCAUCCAGCACCCCGGCGGCAAGGUGGAGCGCCUCUACUGGCCCACCCCGGCCGCCGAGGUCAUGAAGACCAACCCCGGCCACUACGUCGCGCUCGUCAUCCUCCGCCUCUCCCCCGAAGACAAGGCGGCAGCGGGGGACGAGGCCGCGGCGGCGGCCGCCGUCGCAGGCGCGGGCGCCGCCGCCAAGAUCACCCGGGUCAAGCUCCUGAAGCCCAAGGACGUGCUCCACCUCGGCCAGGUCUACCGCCUCAUCACCGCGCAAGAGGUGACCAAGGCGCUGCGGGCGAGGAAGAACGACAAGAUGCGGCGGUGCGAGGCCAUCAAGCAGCAGCACGACCAGCUCCGGCGCGGCGACGGGGCGGAGCAGGGCGCCUCUGACAAGAACGACAAGAUGCGGCGGUGCGAGGCCAUCAAGCAGCAGCACGACCAGCUCCGGCGCGGCGACGGGGCGGAGCAGGGCGCCUCUGACAAGGACGCGAACGCGAACGCGAAGCAGCGGGGGGAGAAGGACCGGCACCGGGGCUCCGGCGGCGCGCAGCCGGCCGGGAGCGGCAGGGGCCGGCACUGGCGCCCGUCCCUGCAGAGCAUCUCCGAAGCCGCGGCGGGCCAGAGCAGCAGCGCCAGCAGUAGCAUCUCUGAAUCCACUGCGAGCUAA